AUGAAAAACAUAAUCAUAAAACUCAUCAAUUUUUUAGCAAAUACUAUACUAUUGCUAAUCAUAGCACUGGUAGCUGAACUGUUGGCCAUCAAUAAUCUAAUCCAAGCUCAGAGAGGCUACUAUGAUGACUGGUCUCAAUUGAAAGACUGCAAUCGACCACUGGGUCUAAUCGAUGGCCGCAUUCACGACUGGCAACUGAGCGACAGCUCCAGCAAUAAUCACCAUCAAAAAGAUCCCAACUGUAAUACCCGUUACGCCCGCAUUCAUCAGUGGCCCGGCCGUGGCUGGUGUCCGAAUCCGAACAGUACAUACAACUAUUUGCAAAUCGAUUUGGGCUACGAAACGGCCAUCAACGGUCUGGUCACUCAGGGCCGGGCCGACGGUAAAUCGUGGAUCCGGUCCUAUAGGCUGAUGUUCAGUACCGAUGCCAACCAAUGGCAUUACUAUAACCAGAAGCAGACAGUGUUGGCCAACAGGGACUCGCAUUCGCUACAGUAUUACUUGUUGGCCGAUCUACAGGUUACCCGAUUUGUCCGCCUGGAAGUCCUUACGUGGCACAGUAACUACCCGGGCCUGCGAGUGGAACUACUCGGUUGCCGUCGAUGUGAUACUGUCAUCAACUAUCCGCCCCGUACUGUCUAUAAGGCUUCGAGUUCCCGAACCUGGCCUCAGGAUGCCUACUGUGCGCCAGAAAAUGCCUACAUCGACGGAUCGGUCGGCUGGUGCGCCAAAUGGAACAAUCAGAACCAGUGGCUGGCCGUCGAUUUGGGACCGCCGACCAAAAUCGUAGGCGUUGUCACCCGCGGUACUGGUGCACCGUUUCGCCGACAUUGGCAACGCCAAGAAAUUUGA